AUCAGUCGUUCCCUGAACAACACAGACCACAAUGUACAAGCUGGUGGUGUUGACUUUCCUCGCUGUCGCGGCCGCUGAGCCCGGUGCAGUUAUCGUUGGACCCGCAGCGUACUCAACACUAAUUGCACCAGCCACCACAACUAUUGCUAAGCAGGCCACCAGUGUCGUGCAUCCAUCUCCGUUCAUCUAUUCUGCCCCGCUUGCAUACUCACAUUUCAUCAAGAAGCGGUCAGCCCCUGUACUACCACUGGCUCCAGCUACAUAUUACGCUGGCAGCCCCGUGAUUGGAGCUCCUCUUGCAACGACCUACAGUGCACCAUUACUCAGUUCAGCAUCUCUUCUCCCAGCCGUGCCAGUACCGUACGCUGCAGCACAUUUAAUCAAGAAGAGGUCCGCGCCCUUCUUGCCCGCCGUCACCACUUACGCAGCAACUGCUCCUAUCCUAGCCUCCACCUAUGCUGCCGCUCCUCUGCACUCUGUUCCUUUGAUUGCCUCCACUCCUUUGAUCUCGCAGCCAACUUACGCUGCUCAUUUGAUUAAGAAACGUUCAGCCCCUCUCUUGACUUCCUACGCUGCUUUCCCUAGUUCUUUUUCCCAUCAAUCCCGUGUUGACCUAACUCAUUCCGGUCCUGCUGUAGUAACCAGCUACUCUUCUCCCAUCGCAUAUUCAAGCCCCAUUGGAUUCAGUCAUGUUAUUUAAAAAUGCGAAUAAUAGAGGAGACAUUUAAAAAUAUGUUUCUUUUUCAAAAUUGUCAGAUCCAUCUUUUCUUGUACAUAAACAUUUGAAUUUUAAAAGGAAAAAUAAAACGAAGUGAUAUAAAGUACAAUUGUGUUUUUGUUUUUCUUUUGUCAUCUUUAGAACUUAGAGUUUCGUUUUCAAAUAAUAAUGUCAAAAUACUGGUUUGUGCUCAGAGUCAAAUAAAUGAAG